AUGUCAUUCGAUCAUCUAGCCACGGAGCUAUUGCUCCAUGUAUUUCGUUCCUGUGAAACAAUAUCCGACAUUUUGAACCUUGCAUCAACCUGUCGACGACUUCGAACUGUAUUUAACAGAUCCAAUAAGCUCCAAACUCUUGCCGAUAUUGCCGAGCGCGAAUUCGGACCACUAGGCGAGAUCAUCCAAAUCGUAACACAAAACGCAAGCCAACCCGCUCACCUAAUACGCAAGCCCCCCAUGACCGAUCCCCUCUUUAAACAAAUAGUCCGAGUCGGACGCGUAGCUCAGACAUGGGAGACGAUCUAUCCCGUCAAGAAAUGGAAGGUGGAUUAUGAAAACCGACGAUCAUUGACAGACGAUGAGCGAGUCCGCCUCCGCCGAGCUAUCUAUCGGCUGUGGCUCUACCAUCGCGCAUUCCAUACGCGCACGCAUGAUCGCUUCAGCCGUAAACGCCCACAUGUCGUUACCGAGCGCGCGCAGCUCCUGCAUAACUGGUCUACGCAGGAGCUGGCCGAUAUCGAGGACGUGCGACUCAUUAUCGGCGAUGUCGUCCAAAAUCAUAUUUGCCCUAGUAACGGGACGAUUCAGCGAAAGUUUCGCAAACGAUUCCCGGAAAGCCACCACCAGUUGGCAUUUAAUAUCCAUUUGAAUUAUCCAGCGCGCAGCCCUCUUGGGUCUUCCGGGCUCUUUGAUAGCCCGAAUUCGGUCGAUCAAUACUAUCACACCGCGCAUUCUGCCAAUUUUACUGAGUCGCCGGCGAAAUAUAGAUCUAGGUUCCGGAAUGACUAUUUCCAUGAUCCCGGCGCUGAAGGCUGGGGUGAUGAGAUCCCUCACUACUACGUGGUCCAGGACAUGAUGAAGCUUGAUCCAGGCCAAGUGCUCUGGCUGCGCGAGCAUGCGCCCCUUAAAGAACAGGUAGAGGGCUAUGUGCAUUCCCUGGGAGAUUGGUUUCGCGACAAUGGAGAGACAUUCGGGGAUACCCUUGAAUGGGUGAUGAAAGAGAGAGGCGACGAUAUCGAAGAGUUCAGGGCGGCCAUUUCGGACCGGGAGGUAGGAAUCGUGUGGGAUUAA